GUGCCGUCAAGUCCAUUAUCUCGUGAAUCAGUUAAUAUUCAACCUCAAAAUACGAUAAGGAAUGGCACUAGCAACAACACAGUAGCAAAUUCGAUGAGUGCUCUUUCUUCACCUUUGACUUCUGCUGCUAAGAAUGAUGGAACAAUUGCUUUGGUUAAAUCUGGCUCCGAAAUUGUCAAGACUACCCCUGCGGGUGAAUAUCUUACUGCUGCUCUGAAUGACUUUGAUCCAGAUCAAUAUGAAGGUCAUGCUGCCAUUUCCGACGGUGCGAACAAGCUUUUGAUGCUGGUUUUGGCUGCUGUCAUCAAAGCUGGUGCCUCUAGAGAGCAUGAGAUACUUACUGAAAUUAGAGAUUCUGUUUUCUCUUUUAUUAGGAAAAUGGAACCAAAGCGAGUAAUGGACACCAUGCUUGUUUCACGUGUUAGAUUUCUGUAUAUAAGAUCUUUACUUGCAAGGUCCCCAGAAUUGCAAUUAAUUAAGGUCUUGCCUGUCGAGUGCUUUCUUGAGAAGGCUAAUACGGGGCGUAGUAGAAGUUCCAGCCGAGGGAAUAGUCCUGGAAGGUCUCCUGUGCAAUAUGUUGAUGAGCAGAUCCAGGGAUUUAAAGUGAAUUUAAAACCAGAAAAGAAGUCCAAGUUUUCAUCUGUUGUGUUGAAGAUUCGUGGGAUUGAUCAGGAAAUCUGGAGACAGCAGGUGACUGGUGGGAAGCUUAGAGAAAUUACUGAGGAAGCCAAAAGUUUUGCAAUAGUUGGAACUUCUUUCAACAGCAAUUAUGGAUGGUUGGAUGGCUGGACUUGGUGCCGCUCUGCCUCCAAACACUGAUGCCCUUGGCCAACUAUUAUUUGAGUAUUCAAAACGUGUCUAUACUUCUCAACUACAGCACUUAAAGGAUAUUGCUGGUACCUUGGCAACAGAAGAGGAUGAAGAU